UGGGAUCUAUUUGGAGCUGUGUGUUUAGAGCGGAGGCCAAUUAUAACAAAAGAAAUGACUGAUUAUGAGAAGAAAAUGAGUGACUUUCUGAGUAAAUUAGAACUAGAAAACAGUUUGCUGUCUGAUCAUGAACUGAGAUUUCGAGAUGAUAAGUUACAUGCAAAAAGAAUAAAGUUAGAAGAAUUAACAGUGGAAGAAUUAGAGAAUCCUAGAGAAAUGGCUGUUGAAGCAGAAGACAAAUGGAAGACUGAGUUAGAAGAGUUUACCUUCGCACCUAGAAGGACAGUUGCUGAUGAAAAGGAUGAUAGAAAAUCAACAGAAAGAAAAUUAGAUGAGAAACUGAUAUUGAUUGUUAAACAGAGACUUGGUAAAACAGAUGUAUGGGCUUUACCACACUCACAAUGGUUAGAUGGAGAAUCAAUGAGACAGACAGCUAAUAGAGCCUUAGAUUCACAAUGUGGAGACCAGAUUAAAUCAUGUUUUAUAGGAAACGCACCUUGUGGCUUCUUUAAAUACAAAUAUCCUAAAAAAGUAGUAAAUGAGAGUAUUGGUAGAAAGGUAUUUUUCUUUAAAGCCCUAUAUGAGAAUGGACCAGUGAAGUUGAAGGAAGGAGAUGUUUCAGACUAUUUAUGGGUAACAAAAUCAGAAUUAUCAGACUACAUGAAUAAACAAUAUCUAAAUAAUAUCAGUGAAUUUAUAGUGGACUUAUAG